AUGCGUCGUUCGGUUUCCACGAGUAGACUGCGAUCGAGUACCGUUGGAUAUACACCCACAGUUUUGCUAACGAUGCUGCCAGAGGUUUCAUCAGCUGUACUUCGAACAAGCUGCAGCCAUGUUGUCGGCUACUACCGGUGCCCUUUUCCAACGUUGUCCCCUCUAGCAGAAUCACCGACUUCUACGAGUAAGUAUCCACCAGGAACCAAUCCCCGUCUACCUCCGCUUCCACCUAUGUUGGUCUAUAUGCGUUUUUCGUUCAGUUUCCGCGAGCAGACUGCGAUGAAGUACCGUUCGAUAUACACCCGCAGUCAUCGAUACUGCCAGAGGCUACAACUGUACUCCGAAUCAGAUGCAACCAUGUUGUCGGCUACUGCCGUCUCCGUUUCCAACGUUGUUUCCCCCAGCAGAAUCGGCGACUUCUACGAAAUGAUAUCCGUCAGGAACCAAUCACUGCCUACCUCCGCUUCCACCUAUGUUGGUCUAUAUGCGUUUUUCGUUCAGUUUCCGCGAGCAGACUGCGAUGGAGAACCGUUCGAUAUACACCCGCAGUUGGCAUCGAUGCUGCCAGAGGCUACAACUGUACUCCGAAUCAGAUGCAACCAUGUUGUCGGCUACUGCCGUCUCCGUUUCCAACGUUGUUUCCCCCAGCAGAAUCGGCGACUUCUACGAAAUGAUAUCCGUCAGGAACCAAUCACUGCCUACCUCCGCUUCCACCUAUGUUGGUCUAUAUGCGUUUUUCGUUCAGUUUCCGCGAGCAGACUGCGAUGGAGAACCGUUCGAUAUACACCCGCAGUUGUCAUCGAUGCUGCCAGAGGCUACAACUGUACUCCGAAUCAGAUGCAACCAUGUUGUCGGCUACUGCCGUCUCCGUUUCCAACGUUGUUUCCCCCAGCAGAAUCGGCGACUUCUACGAAAUGGUAUCAGUCAGGAACCAAUCACUGCCUACCUCCGCUUCCACCUUUGUUGGUCUAUGUAUGCGUUCGAGUUGCUAGGUUGAUACAAACAGACCGCAAUCAAAUACCGACUAACACACCCUGUUUGGCUGAAGUGCUUACUAAGAUGUCGGUCUGUAUGUGUAGUCCAUUCUAUGGUAGGUAAUUAGGUAUGUUAUGUCGUUUUUGGUAUGGCUGAUGUUGGGUGGCAGCAUCAGGCUAUCAUUAUGUUAGUA